ACGGGAGUUUAUCAAAUUAAUCCUGAUGGUCAGGGUCACUUUAAGGUUUUCUGUGAUAUGAAGUCCUCUGGUGGAGGUUGGACUGUGUUUCAACGACGUCAAGAUGGAAGUGUAAACUUCUAUCGAGGUUGGAAAGACUAUAAACAAGGUUUUGGUGAUCUGAAAGGCGAAUUCUGGCUUGGAUUGGAGAAAAUAUACCGACUAACAUCAGCAAGGAGAAAUAAACUUCGUGUUGACCUAGGAGACUGGUCGGGAAACAAAAGAUAUGCUGAAUAUGAUUAUUUUGCUGUAAAGAAUGAAAACAAAAAAUAUCAACUAAGUCUUGGUGAAUAUUCUGGAAAUGCUGGAGAUUCACUAUAUUAUCAAAAAAACAUGGCGUUUUCAACAAAAGAUUCAGAUAAUGAUCGAUGGAGAAGCAACUGUGCCACAUACUACAAAGGUGCUUGGUGGUAUAAGAGUUGUUAUCUAUCUAACCUGAAUGGACACUACUAUAGUGGCAACCAAAACAAUGGCAAAGGUGUGAAUUGGAACCGUUGGAAAGGUAGUAAAUCCUUAAAGUUCACUGAGAUGAAAAUAAAACCAUAA